GAAGAAGAAGAGAAGGGAAACAAGAUGGCGUCACAAUAUUACCAAGAGAUGCAGGAGAGCUUCAGAAAUAACAACAAAAGCCGGGAGUUCCAGGCUCAUACAGCCAAAGUACAUUCAGUGGCCUGGAGCUGCGAUGGGAGGAGGCUCGCCUCCGGCUCGUUUGAUAAAACAGCCAGCGUUUUUGUCCUGGAAAAGGACCGUUUGGUGAAGGAGAACAACUACAGAGGACACAGUGACAGCGUGGAUCAGCUGUGCUGGCAUCCAACCAACCCCGAUCUGUUUGUCACUGCGUCCGGAGACAAAACCAUUCGCAUAUGGGACGUGCGCACAACCAAAUGCGUCGCCACAGUCAACACGAAGGGUGAGAACAUCAAUAUCUGCUGGAGUCCAGACGGUCAGACUGUCGCAGUCGGGAACAAAGACGACGUUGUGACCUUCAUCGACGCCAAGACGCACCGCUCCAAGGCUGAGGAGCAGUUCAAGUUUGAGGUGAACGAGAUCUCCUGGAACAAUGAUAACGACAUGUUCUUCCUCACCAACGGGAACGGCUGCAUCAAUAUUCUGAGCUAUCCGGACCUGAAGCCCAUCCAGUCCAUCAACGCUCACCCAUCCAACUGCAUUUGCAUCAAGUUUGACCCCACGGGGAAAUACUUUGCCACAGGAAGUGCUGACGCUCUCGUUAGUCUGUGGGACGUGGAGGAGCUGGUAUGUGUGCGCUGCUUCUCCAGACUGGACUGGCCGGUGAGGACUCUAAGCUUCAGCCACGAUGGAAAGAUGUUGGCCUCUGCCUCUGAGGAUCAUUUUAUUGACAUUGCAGAGGUUGAAACAGGUGAGAAGCUGUGGGAAGUGCAGUGUGAUUCUCCAACUUUCACAGUCGCCUGGCAUCCAAAGAGACCGUUGCUGGCCUUCGCCUGUGAUGACAAGGAGGGCAAAUAUGACAGCAACAGAGAGGCAGGAACAGUGAAACUGUUUGGCCUUCCUAAUGACUCCUGAAGAGGAUCAGUUGUUGUCAGCUGUUUUUACUCUCAGGAGGGAGGAAAGAAAUUGCUAAGACGGACUGUAGUAACCCUCUGCUACCAGCAGGUGGUGCAGCUAUCUUUAUUUUCCUCAGAAACGACUGGAUGUCAUGCCCUGUUGUUUUUUAUACAGUUAAACACCCCAUGCUGUAAAAUAUUCAUGUAAGAUAAAG